UUCAAGGCAACAACAACGUCACCUUGGUCUUCUUUCAACCGAUCCUAGAGCUCGUAGAGCUACGGAACAACGAGGAUUCCACGAACAAAUGGUGACAAUAUAUGCAAUACUACCUAUUUAGUUUAACGAGCGCGAAUCUUUGAUACAAUUACUAUUUUAGACAACUGGACAAAAGUCGUUGAAAGAAAAUGUAACGAUUCCAACGACAAGUUCAAUCGAAUCGUCGAAAGAGCAAAUGAUUAAAGUAUCCAAACGCGGAAGAAAAGUUUCCUCCAAAUUUCGAAACAACGAUAGUCAAACUCGCAAAGAUUUCAAUGAAAAAGACGAUGGAAAGUAUUCGCAAAAAAUCGAAUCGACUUGGAACCAUCUGGGCUUGACAAAAAUUCUACUGACAAGUUUGAAGAAAGAAGAAGACGAUGACAUAACGGAUACUAAUUCAUCAUCGAUGAUUUUUAAAGAUCAACACCUAAUAAACUUUAGUUCGAAGUCGUCCGAAGAAAGCAAUAUGGAUAUCAACUCUACUGUUUCGUCAAAAUUACGCUCUUUGGAUGGCGUCGUACAGGUCAGAAUGCAUAAUACGAGCACGACCGAGAGCGAAGGUACUAGAUUGAUCUAUUCCGUUCAUCUUGGUGGAAAACCUGUGCCAGCCGAGACAGCCGCCAGAGACAUGGCUCUACUCUCGUCUCAAGAAGUUGCUCUUGAGCUUGGUGUACCUGUUAUUAUUCGAAGCGAACCGUAUAUAAAAGAGACGAGGCCCUUAGCCCUUUCGAGAAAAAGAGACGUUUGGUUGCUAGUUGGAGCUGCCGGAGCUGCUGUAAUCUUAUUAGGCCUACUUCUCACUGGUUUAGUCCUAAUAGCCAAGAGAAAACGAGCUCACAGCGCUGUCGUAGCACCACCGAAUAAAAGUAUACUUAAAAAGGAACGGGAUUAUGUUCUACCAUCUCCUGGGGUCGACAACGCAACUUUCUUGACGCCUGACUCGGCGGAAGGCAAGAUCGAUGGUACCAGUCAAAGACAAACCCCAAGAACUCUUUCGAGAACUCCUGAUACGACCGACAGUCUUCAUCGUAGCGUCGACGAGUUUUCCACGGAUAACGACGACGAGGAGGAAUCUAAGAAACCUGUUGUAGUUGGUCCUUGGAGCAUCGAGGACCAACCUUCAAGAAAAACAAGAAUUAGCCAGGGUAGAAUGAUGAGAACUAACGCCAUCGAUCCACCAAGAACUCCGGAUUCGAUGGAUACUAUUGCUGAUCAUACGGAGAUGUUGGAAUCUCUUGAAAAUGGUUACCCGAGGCAAGAAGAAGAAGAAGAAGAAGAAGUCUUAGCCUCGCCGCGUUCUUAUCUGUCCAUGCCUUCUUGCAAGCAAUUUCCGAGUAUGCGAAACGUAGAACCACUUUCAAGAGUCCUCGAGCCAGUAACAGUCAAGCAUCUGGACGUAGAUUCUCCCGAAAGUGGAAGAUGCAGGAACAAUGGCUAUGCUAGAAAUGAAAAAAUCGGCGGCGAGUCGUUUUUAACCAGAGCAACCAGUACUUUUCGAGACCCCGGAGUCGUUGGACCUAUCGUUUGGACUCUUAGGAGACAAGGAUUAUCUACGGAAGGUGGUAACGGUACAUCCGAAAUAUCGGACGUCGAACAGGUCUUCGUGGGUUCGGGUGGUCCCGUGGGUCGUGCUAGAAGACGCCUCCACGAACUCCUCGAGGACUCGUUCAGCCUCUUCGGAAGCAGAGAGCCCAAGCCUAGAGAAUUCCAAGCGACGAACACUCGUCCGAACUCUGCCGUACGCGCGACGAAUGCUCUCGCGAUAUUUACCGAAGACAGGAACAGUCUGACGUCAACAACGCUGGCAGAAUUAAAUACUCGACCUCGCACGUCUAUAUCAAGAAGAAAUUUAGUAGAAGACAUUCCUGAAACUGAUCAGUCGAAUCAUCCACGUAAUGGUACUUGGGGUUCGAGACCGCUUAGUGCUGGUCCCUUUCACAAACCUAAUCUACCAGAAGUGGAUACCAAACGUAUUCUAGCGGAUUCUCAACUCUCGCCGGAAGAUCCAGCGGUACCUUUAAUCAGCAGUAUCAAAAAAGAAUUGGAAAAGUUCUCUCCGCGAUAAAGAAUUUAUUAACGAUUCCAACGCGCGCGCGCGAAACAAUUGAAUCGACGAAAAUUCUUGACUUUAUCAGCACGGCGUUUAUAUGUCGCAGGAUUGCUAACCAAUUUCUCGGUAGAUCGAUAUCGGUAUCAAUUUCAUAAGUCAUUAGCACACAUUACGCAUUUGUAUUUAUGCCAGCAUAAAACAUAAUACACAAGAUUGUUCAUUAGGUUUAAUCGAUUAAUAUAACUUUCAUUUUAUCUUGAUCAAUUUGAAACAUGUAUCAUUGUAAAUACCAUAAUUCGAUCUAUCACGUAAAUGAUUGUAAGUAAUUUUCAAUUGACGACCGACAGCUAUCGAAACACUGUCGUGAUGGAAUACGUUUUACGAUUAAAAUAUCAUAGAAUUUGAUCAACGA